AUGAAGUUCAACAAUUUCUUCAUAUCAUUAAUACCAUUUUUAUUAUUUAUUACAAUUAUCUUUGCUGAUAUUAACGACCGUGAUGGUCUAGACGAGAGAGAUGAAUGGUAUAAUAAUUACGGCAGUGCCUUAUACCCUAACAACUUUCAUCGCAAACGUGAUGGUGGGAAUCGUAAACGUGACUUACCGACUUUUUUAAAUUAUAAACGUGACGCUUCUCCGAAAGCUAAUUUUUACUACUAUAAACUUCAAAAGAGUAGUAACGAGUCUAAUAAACAAGAUGAAGAAGAUAAUGAACAGAAUGGUGAAAAUGAAAGUGAAUCUAAUAAUCAAAAACGUA